UUAACUAUUCUGGAAACGCGUUUUAUCGACUUGGGCUUUUUGUUCCCUGUUGCUUUCCGUAUGACGUUUCGGUGGGCUGGUCCGUCAUGGCUGCCAAGGUCUUGAAGCUUUCGGCAAUCCCAGCUGCACUUGGAUUAGCGUCUUUUCGGAUUUACGAGUUAAAUAAAGAAAAGACAAAAGGACAUGUCAAUUCUCGGGAGCUGUCCAUUUACACACCAACGUCCCAGCCAUUCCACUUUGUGGAGGAUCAACCUGGAAGCAUGGAGAAGGGGCUGCAUACCUUAAGGGUUGGGCUGCAGCCCUAUGCCCGGGCUGUGAAGGAUGCCUGCGUUUCAUUCAAAAUAGGAGCUGUUAACUUGUACUAUGCAGGAGAAGAUAUUUACCACUACCUUAAAGACCCUCCUCCUGGAUUUUUGCCCAGAGUGAGUUUAAUUACAGUUUCUGGACUAGCUGGAUUGGUCCUGGCAAGAAAAGGGUCUCGCUUGAAGAGGAUCACCAUGUCACUGGGCUUGGCCACCUUGGGUACAGCUGUGUGCUACCCGGGCCAGACAGUCAAGGUUCUGAAGAUCACUGGGAGGAAGACGUACGCAGGCACGCAGUGGGCGGUGUCCACGGCCGCCUCGCUCUGGAAGGCAAAUCCAGCCAAAGAGGUCCCAACUCAACCCGUCGGGGUUCAGUCGGUGUCCGUGUCCGAGUCUCCAUCCGAGGCCCCCUCUACAGAGCUGACACCUGAGACCCUGCCUCCCCAGGAAACACACACUGUCCCAGCCCCCCUGGAGGAGUCUGUCCCGCAGCUGACCCCUGAGCCCAGUUGUGACCCGCCUCCCCACCCUGCAGAGGACAGAUCCCCUGUGGAGGGUCUGGCUUCUGUACCUCCCACUCCUCAGAAGUCGGAUUUACCAGAAGCACUAGGACAGGCACUGGAUGCUGACGCCCCCGCGGAUUCUUCAAAGACGCCUCAGUUCAGCAUUGACCCCAAGCUGAUGGACCACGGUCAGUCCAACCCUGAGGACGCUGACCUCUACAGCACCCGUAGCUGAGAAAGGAUCACUUUGGCUGGGGGAAGGCAAACCAAACUGUGCCAUCAGAAACAAAAUUCACACCCCAGUGAUUUUUGUACUCAUCUGCCCUGAUUCUUAUACACCUCCGAUGUGCUAGAGUAACUGUGCAUGAGUAUUCAAACACCCAGAGUUAUUUGUGGAAGGUGUCUUUAAAUACCAGAACCUCAGAAUUGGAAGCAAAAUGGUACGAAGUCAUUGAGUGACAUAUUCUCUGCCGACAGGGAACGUUAACUGUCCGAGAAGUGCAGCGAAGAACUUUCCACUUGGAUUCUAGCUUCUCCCUCAAUAUCUCGAUUUUUUUCCCCCAUAAUUUCUGUUCCUGUAUACUUUUAUAUAUACAUAAAACAUAUAUUUCCUUACAGUGUCCUUAUGUCUCAGCAAGGAAGCAGAUUUGGGGUACAGGAGAGUCAGGGCUUGGGUGAGGCCGCGUGCAUGCCGCUGUACCGAGGCCCGCGUGAUGUUGCACGCCGAUUAGCACGUGGGUUGUUCUGAGUGCUGCUGUCUCACCAUACUUAGGAAUGAGUUUGUUCAGCGUUCAGUUGUUUGAAUCACAAUGGGAGUGUAUUUUGUGUAAAUGUAAGAUUAUAAUAAAACAUCUAAGAGACAA